AUGCAGUUCAAGCUCAGCAACCUGAUCGGUCUCCUCGCCGUCGCAGGCACCGCUCUCUCCUUGGAUGUUGCGACCUCUCUCGAUGGCUACAGCGCCCUAGCCCAUGAUAUUGGUCUAACUGCCAAGUCAAUCGAGCUUCUGAAUGGCUUUCAGACCGGACAGGAAUUGGUCGAUGGUUACCACAGUCUGGUGAAAUCAGAGAACAAGGGCUACAGUCAGGCUCAGGAUGCGCAAGCGCUUUCUACAGACCAGCAGCAGGCAGCUUGCAACUCUUUCGUCACCUACGCAUCGGUCUUGACCGACACACUCAAGAUUACCAUCGGUAAGCAUGGAGUACUGGAGGCAGUUGGCAUUGCCUACCCAAUAGCGGCGGUGCUGCGAGGUCUCGAGGGUACCACUGAUACAAUCGCAUACACCCUUAUCGCCGACCUCGCUCCCAGCUGCGGUGACAGUUUAAAGGAUACCAAGUCCUCUCUGGACAAGGUCAUGACGAAGGCCAUUAACACUUUUGCCGACGGCCUUGCCUAA